AUGGGCAACCUACCAGCUGACCGAGUAACACAAGCUCGGCCAUUCUUUAACUCUGGUGUUGACUACUGCGGACCGAUUUGGAUUCAUCACAAACUACGUGGAAAAAGACCUGAUAAGGCUUACAUUGCAGUCUUCUGCUGUUUUGCAACAAAGGCAGUUCAUCUGGAGUUAGUAAGUGAUUUGACAACAGAUGCAUUUUUAGCUGCACUUCGACAAUUUUUGGGUCGACGCGGAAAAUGUCAGACUAUUCACUGUGACAACGCAACAAACUUUGUCGGUGCCAAUAAUCAAUUGAAGCCCCUAGAGGGAGCUAUAUUCACCGACAAGGCUCAAGAACAGAUUAUAAACCAUUGCAAUAAAAAGCAAGUGGAGUUUAAGUUCAUACCGCCCCGAGCACCAUCGUUUGGCGGGCUUUGGGAAGCUGCGGUGAAAUCUGCGAAGCAGCUUCUAGUAUCAGUCACAGCCACAUCUUCAUUAGCAUUUGAGGAGCUUAACACCGUAAUCGUGGAAGUCGAAGCAAUCCUCAAUUCCCGACCGCUGACACCAAUGUCAUCUGAUCCAACAGAUACAUCAGCUUUGACUCCUGGCCAUUUUAUGAUUGGUGAACCGUUGACCGCCGCUCCCGAUGCAAAUCUAUCCUCACCAGGGAAAAGGUUGGUGAAAAGAUGGGAAUUAGUGUCCAGAUUAAAGCAAAUGUUCUGGGACCAAUGGUCUAUGGAGUAUCUACAAGAGCUUCAGAUGCGCAACAAGUGGAAAACGGCAUCACAAAACGUGAAGGAGGGACUACUUGUGCUAGUCAAGGAAGACAAUGUGCCUGUGAUGAGUUGGCCAAUGGGACGAAUAGUGAAGACUUAUCCCGGUAAGGACGACCAUGUCCGAGUAGUAAAUGUAAAGACUGCAUCUGGGAUCUUCAAACGGUCAGUAACUCGUCUCGCGCCACUGUUAAAAGAAGAAACAGCCGUUAAACGUCCGCACAGUUCCGUCGAAGAUACAACGUCAAAGGAUGAGAUGCCAACACAGAGGAGGAAGGUAUCACCUUCAAUCCUUCCAACCCUGCUGGCAAUGUUACUCAUUCUGCCACUAGCGAUGGGACAACAAACAAAGGUCACGCAUUUCACAAAUCAGCCAGGACUGUUCUAUGAAAGAAUCGGGACCUCUAGAAUGGCAAUUUCAGAAUGGACCAUCAUUGUAUAUUACGACUUGCAACCAUAUUGGAGUGAUAUGAGACACUUACAUGCCGAAUUACUAGCCGGAAAUGAGCUUAUUAAUCACUCACGGCAGCGAAGAUCACCGCUAGAUAUAGUCGAUAUUGAGCUUGCAUUCCUAACUUUAGCCAAAUCUUCCAGUGCCGGAUGA